AGCGUGGCUGCUGCUUGCCUCCCACCUCCACCUCCUUCACCCGUCCGACGCUCGCACCUCACCUGACGACCUCUCACGACCGUACCUCUCGCCGCUUGCGCGCCGCUGCAUCGGCAGCCGUCCCCGCACACUCCGCUCGCACAGACGCGUUUCCACCAGCCGUGCUGCUCUGCGCUCUGCCGCCUGGCGCCGCCGCCUCUGGUGUGCGCAGCCCCGGCGCCCCAGCGGCGAUUGCGGCGCUAGCAGUGCCGUCCGGUGCGAUGCCGGCGCUCGCUCGCGCGCCUCGUCUGCAGUCCGCCUCGGGCAGCGAGUUCUCCUUCCCGGCGAGCGACGACGAUGAGAGCCUCGUCGACUCGCUCGUGUCGCCGGCCAAGCGCGCCUUGGAGCCGGUGCGCGCCUCGAAGCGGCGGCGCGCCGAGCGUGCACCAGCGGCGGCCAGCGCGGUAGCGGGGCCGAGCGGCAGCACGAGCAAGAGCGCCAGCGCCAGUGCGAGCGCAAGCACGAGCGGCGGGCCGCGCAGCCGCAGCAGCACGGCCGGUGCACCACGCCGCAAGGCGCGUCCGGACGUGAUGUGCGCCUUUUGCGGCGCGACGGCCAAGAUGGGGCCGCGCGCUGGCGCAGAGGGCAUGCUGAGCUGCGCCGAGUGCGGAAGCAGCGGCCAUCCAACCUGCAUGCAGUGGCCGCGCAACUCGCGCAAGGCCCUCGUGACGCGCGAGUACGAGUGGAAGUGCAUGGAGUGCAAGACGUGCGAGAUCUGUGCGCUGCAGGGCGACGACACCAAGCUCAUGUUCUGCGACCGCUGCGACCGCGGCUGGCAUCUGUACUGCCUCAACCCGCCGCUGGCCAAGCCUCCACGUGGCCUGUGGACGUGUCCAACCUGCACUCAGCUGGGCGACCACGUCUCGAAGGUGCUGACAGCGAGCGCGAGCAACCGCGGCGUGGGCGCUCAGGCAACGCCAGGCCACUCGGCGCGCAGCUCGCCGCUCGCCAGCUCGUAUGGCGUCUGGGAGUCGGGCGCAGGCGAGAGCAAGUACCCAGGGCCGAUGCGCGCCUCGUCGCCGCGGCCCAGCCAUGCCGCGUCAGGCUCUUCGCCGCAGACGGCAGCAGCUAUGCGAGCCAAGGGCAGCGCUGCCAAAGCAGGGCGCAGUGCGGCAACGCUCGGCAAGGGCAGACGCGAGAGGAAGCGGACAGAUCCGGAGAAGAGCUUCGAGGUGCACACGCGCGCCAGCAGCUCCUCGGCGCCGGGCAGCCCUGCGCCUACACCGGGUGCGUCGCGCAAAGGCGCGCGCAAGGACGAGACGCCACUGCAGAGCCGAGGCAAAAGAGCUGCUGCAUCAACCUCGCAGCGCAAGAGCCGAGCGCUGCAGCAGCUCACUGUCCUCUCAUCAUCCUCUUCCGACGAGGAGCAAGACGCAGAGGCGGAGAGCGAUGACGAUCCGCUUGACGUGCUGCCGCCCGGGAGCGCAAAGGCGCGCAAGCGCAAGGCAGGCAAGCAUGCUGCUGCGCGUCCGCGCCUGGCCUCUGAGACACCCAGCGAAGAGGAGGUAGAGAGCGAGGAGGAAGAGCCCUUUGGCGGCAUCUUGGUCGGCGCAGAGGCAGACACGAGCAAGACGAAGCCGAUGCCGGAGGAUGUGGCGCGCUUCGAGGCGAGCAAGCGGGCUGCCGAGGGCCAGCUGGGCGGCGAGGUCGCGUCGCUGCCAGGCACGUCCUCUGGACGCGUGCCCAAGCGUCCCGGGCUCGCCUCGUCAUCCUCUGCUGCUGCUGGCUACUUUACAGGCUCGCCGUGGGCCGGCACGGGCUCAGUGUCCGAGGCCUCGCGGCGUGCGGCGCUCGGGCCGGCCGCGGCGCCGCCUGCUUCCCCGUCUCUGCAUCCUCUGCCCGGCACUGGCGGCUCGCUCGCCAUGCCAGCUACGCCAGCUACGCCAGGCACACCUGGCAUGCCUGCCUCUGCCCUCCCGCCCUCUGCCGUCGCCGGCUCCUCGAGUGCGCGUGCGGCCGAGUCGGGCACCGCGCUGCCGAUCAAGACGAUCCGCUUCGCAGACUUCGACAUCGACACUUGGUUCCAGGCGCCGUACCCUGAGGAAUACUCGCUGGUGCCCGACGGGCGCCUGUGGAUCUGCGAGCACUGCUUGAAGUACAUGAAGAGCCGCUUCGUCGCCAUCCGCCACAGGACCAAGUGCAAGCAGCGGCACCCGCCAGGCGACGAGAUCUACCGCGACGGCAACGUGUCGAUCUUCGAGGUUGACGGGCGCAAGAACAAGAUCUACUGCCAGAACAUCUGCCUGCUGGCCAAGAUGUUUCUCGACCACAAGACGCUGUACUACGACGUCGAGCCGUUUCUCUUCUACGUCGUCACCGAGACAGACGGGGCGGGCGCGCACUUUGUGGGCUACUUCUCGAAGGAGAAGCGCAGCCCAAUGAGCUACAACGUCUCGUGCAUCAUGACGCUGCCGAUCCGGCAACGCCGUGGCUGGGGCAACUUCCUGAUCGACUUCAGCUACCUGCUGUCGAAGAAGGAGGGACGCGCCGGCUCGCCCGAGAAGCCGCUCUCCGACCUCGGCUUGCUCAGCUACCGCAACUACUGGACGCUGGCCGUCUUCUACUUCCUUGCCCAGGCGCCGAGUCGCAUCACGUUCGACGACAUCAGCAAGGGCACGGCGAUGACGCACGAGGACAUCUUCUACGUGCUGCGCGAGCAGGACAUGAUCACCGUGCAUGACCCGUCGCGCGCUCGUUCGGCGGGCUCGCCGACGGCUGCAGCAGGGACGGGUGCCGCAGGUGUGGCGCACUCCUCGCGCGACCGCUCGCGGCGCGGCCGGCCGCGCUCGGGCGGCGCUGCGGCGAGCCGUGCGGCGCUGAAGCAGCGCGACAAGGAGGCGGCGCUGGCCGUGCCCGAUGAGUACGACAUCCACUGGGACCGCGCCUACGUGCUGGCGCACCUCAAGAACUACGAGACGAAGGGCUACCUCAAGAUCAAGCCGGAGCGCCUGCACUGGACGCCGUUCCUCGUGUCGCGCAGCUUUGCGGCCGCCGCGGCGAUGGCGGGCGCCGACGAGGCCAGCGGCCUGGGCCUCAGUCUCAGCCUCGACGCCGUGGCUCCGCUUGCGGCGCUGCGCACCGGACCCACGUCGCCGCAGCCCAAGCCAAGCGCGGCCUCCGAGCACAUGACGUCGCCCGCGCAGCCGGUCAGCGGGCCGAGCUCGCCGCGCAUCGUGCUCAAGCACAGCACGUCGCCGCUCGUGCGUCGCAACGCCGGCGCGCCGGCCGGCUCGCCGACGCCUGGCGCUGCACCGCGCGUCCUGCGCAACUCGCCGGCUCAGCCACGGGUGAUCGUGCCGGCGCCGAGCGCUGUGCCCGCCGCUGUGCCGAGCGAGCUGGCUGUGAAGCAGACGCAGGAGGAAGAGGAGGAGGUCGCGGCGGCGCGCGAGCUGGGCGUCGAGCUGCGCGCCGCGGCGCCCAACGGCGCGGCGCCGGCCGAGGAGAUGGACAUCGACACGGACGCCGAGGGCGAGGAGGACCCCGAUGCGCCCCUGCACUGAUGCAAUCAGAUACCACGAGCCAUG